CAAAGUCCAACCUAUUUGAAAACCCCAAGAAAGAGACCCCUCCUCCAAGCGUACAGGCUACAAUUAUAUUCCCCCCUUCUCUCUUCAACCUCUUCUCCCUAUUUCAGACUGAAGGAAGCAAUCAUUCUCAUCCAUUUCUCUAGUUUCUGCUGUACAAAACCAACUCCACUUAUUUCCGCCUCCCAUUUUGACUUCUUCCCUAUUGUGCCAGCUCAUUCUCUGAAAAAAAUUGCAUCUUGGCUUGACUCUCCCCUUCCCUUUCAUCUCGUCUGGGUUUUCUUGAUUUCUUCCUUUUGAGCCGUCACUUGGUUUGCUUUUUUCCUCUUCUUGUCGUCUGCGCUUGCUUGAUUUUGAUUGUUCUUUUUUUCUUGUCGGGGUUUGGGCUUGUAGAUCUGUUCGCGGAGGUCUCCGAUCCGCGGUUUCAGUAGAGCGAGUCAGUCAAUGGGAGUCGCCAUUGCUAAACCUUUACUCCUUGUUUAGGUCUAUAUCUUGACUAUUUCUGCAGUGAAAGCUGAUGAAUUCGAUUGGGUUUGUUUUGUAUGCGGGUGCGAUAGCUUGUUAGGAUUCUGAUAUCUAGGCUUUGUGCCUCCACUACUUAUGAUGCAAGAAUACCGGGAGAGGAUUCUGCGGGUUAAGGGAUUUUUUGGUUUUUUGCGGCGGCUUUCAUCGCCGUCGGCGGUGACCUCGCUGCUUACGUGCUGCUGCUUCUAUAGAGCCGUCGGGGCGCUCAUCCAUUCUGGCUUUUCUUUGAUAGAGUUAUCAUCGGUUCUGGAUCGUUUAUGCUUUGCUAGAUAGGGUAUGGGAAACAGCAGUUCUCGGGUCAUUGGUUGCUUCGUGCCUUCAGGCAAUGGAAAUGAUGGAAACAAUUUGGAGUUCUUAGAGCCCUUAGAUGAAGGGCUUGGCCAUUCCUUCUGUUAUGUUAGGCCAGUGAUCGUCGACUCUCCCGCUCUAACUCCAUCCACUUCUGAGAGGUACACUGUAGAUUCAAGUAACCUCAGUUCUGAGAUACAGAGUGGCUCUUUUAGGCAGGAAGCGAGUGCAGAGGAGGUGGCUGGCCUGAACAGGCCAAAUAGUAAGAACCUCUCUGAAACUACUUUUAAGACCAUUUCUGGUGCCUCAGUCAGUGCCAAUGCUUCUACCGCCAGGACUGGCGGCAAUCUGAAUGUUUUGCUCUCUUGUGAUGUCCAGGAGCCAGCUGCUUCAUUUGAGAGCACGGCUUCAUUUGCUGCGAUACCUUUGCAGCCGGUGCCUCGAGGAUCCGGACCCUUGAAUGGCUUUUUAUCGGGGCCAUUGGAGAGGGGCUUUGCUUCAGGCCCUUUGGAAAGAGGGGCAGGAUGCAUGUCAGGGCCAUUAGAUAGAGGUAUGUUUAUGUCCGGUCCUCUUGACGGAACAGAGAGAUGCAAUUUUUCUGCUCCGCUUGGUUAUGGUGAGAAGAAGGCUGGGAUCAAACGGCUUGUGAGGAGUGUGAGCAGACCCAUGAGACGUGCUUUCUCUCGAACAUUUACAAAACGCUUUCAGGGUUCUGGUUGGAUGCAGAGAGUCCUUCUGCAUCCAAGGAGGCAGAUGGUUUGGCGUUCGAAGGAGGAAAAUUUUAGACAACCAACCUCACAGAAUUGUGUUGAUCUUGGGUCGUCUGAACCUGAGUAUAGAAGUACGAGGAACUUACAAUGGGCUCAUGGUAAGGCUGGGGAGGACAGGGUUCAUGUUGUUCUGUCUGAAGAACAAGGGUGGCUAUUCGUUGGGAUAUAUGAUGGUUUCAGCGGUCCUGAUGCGCCUGAUUUUCUUAUGAGCAACCUUUACAGGGCAAUAGAUAAGGAAUUGGAAGGCUUGUUGUGGGAUUAUGAAGAUGAAGUUCAAAGGGGUUCACCUACCACUGUUAUUUCUUCAAGCAAUGUUCCGUGUUCUUCAGAAUGUCUGCAAGAAAAAUGCAUCCAUCCAACGCUCCAGAAUAACAGCGCUGAAAUACAACUUUCUUGUUCUCAAUCGUGUAAUGAUCAAUGGCCAGAAGAAGUUACUCCACCAUCACCAUCAGAACAAAAUGAAAGAGGAGGGAAUCCUAAUGUAGGGGAUGAGUUAGAAAGUGAAUCAGUACGUGGCGAUGACACUUUAGAAGGUACAAUGACGCCCAGGGAAUCAGAUUUUCACGAAGUAGGCGUUGUAAUGAACCAAAACCAGUGUGCAAAUCUUGAUGAAACGAAUGCAGAUGUAGCCACUGACGGUAAUCUAAAGGAUGCUUCUUGCAGCCCUAAAGGUAACUCAUUGAGUACACACAGGAAGAGCAAGCGACUAUAUGAGCUUCUUCAAAUGGAACGUGUAGAAGACUCCAAAACAGUGGAGUAUAGUUUGGCACUGGAUACUUUACGUGGGAACACAGGAGAUCCACUUUCAAAUUUUCAUGGAGAUUUAUGUGCUACAGAGCAUGUAGAAGAGACACAGAAUUUUUCCUGCUCCAUGAGCACCAAGGGAGAAAGUUCAGGUCGCCUUGACGUAGUUGGUUGUGUAAGAGAAAGUGAAGGUACGCUUGAAGGGGCAUCCAAUUGCUCAAGGCAAUUAGUUGAGCCUUCAGUUUCAUCUUCAGGACAAAAGCAGAUGAUGAAGAAAUCAUUGAUUGGAUUCAAGCUGGGACAAAUGUAUAAGAAGCAGAAAUCAUUACGUAAAAAACUUUUUCCAUGGAGUUAUGAUUGGCACAGAAACCAACACCAUCUGGAUGAGACGGUAGCCAAUCCUUCAUUUGUCAUUAGGCGAUGCAAGUCUGGACCUGUGGAUCAUCAUGCUGUACUAAAGGCAAUGGCAAGAGCGCUUAAAACUACAGAGGAAGCUUACAUUGACAUGGUGGAAAAGGCUCUUGAUACAAAUCCCGAGCUUGCACUGAUGGGAUCCUGUGUUCUUGUGAUGUUGAUGAAGGAUCAAGAUGUUUAUGUCAUGAAUCUUGGUGACAGUCGUGUUGUAUUGGCACAAGAUAGACUAAUUGGCUACUAUGGUAGUUCUGAUCUUGGAACAGAUGGUUCAAGGUGCCGAAAUAGGCCAGGGGGCUCUCUGGUUCACAUGGAGCUAGACAGGAUAUCAGAGGAAUCUCCUAUGCGCAAUCAAAAUAACCAUAUUUGCAGUAUUAACAAGAGCAAGGAAAUCUCUCUCUGUGGACUAAAAAUGCAUGCGGUUCAGCUGUCCACUGAUCAUAGUACCAGCAUUUACGAGGAAGUUUUGAGGAUUAAAUCAGAACACACCGAUGACCCUCAAGCAAUAUUGAACGACAGGGUAAAGGGGCAGUUAAAGGUUACUAGAGCAUUUGGAGCUGGUUUUCUUAAGAAGGCGAAGUUUAAUGAUUAUUUGCUGGAGAUGUUCCGGAUUGAUUAUGUUGGGACUUCUCCAUACCUCAGCUGCACGCCAUCGGUAGCGUACCACCAUCUAUGUUCCAAUGAUCGAUUCUUGGUUCUGUCCUCUGAUGGUCUUUAUCAGUAUUUUAGUAACGAGGAGGUAGUUUCACAUGUUGCAUGGUUUAUGGAAAACAUGCCAGAUGGGGAUCCUGCACAAUACCUCAUUGCUGAAUUGCUUUUGCGUGCAGCCAAGAAAAACGGAAUGGAUUUCCAUGAGUUGCUAGAUAUUCCUCACGGGGAUCGCAGGAAAUACCAUGAUGAUGUUUCUGUAAUGGUAGUUUCUUUGGAAGGAAGGAUUUGGAGAUCAUCAGGAUGAUUUUGUUAAAUGACAUGAGUCUCUUUUCUGUGCAUUUCUUGAUUGAACAAUAUGUUCCAACAAGAGGGAUCGAUCAACCUCUUUUCUUGUUUCUUCCUUCUCCCUGUUGAGCUCACUUCUUUUUCCAUGCCUCUCUUUUUUCUUUGAGAUUUUGUAUAAAAUUCUUUAUAGUUGAUUA